AUGAAUGGGCACGUUCAGUCCGAACGUCGUCCUGGCACUUCGGUGCGCCCGCCCUCCCGUGUCGAGGACGACGACAGGAAACGCAUCCAUUGGGCACCGUUGAAUAUCGGUCUCGAGCGGCGCCUGCAGACGUUGAUCGUUCUGUGCCAUACUCUGACCAUCGCUAUUUUCUUGACCGGUUUCUUCUUCACGUGUGCCAUUCCCCUUUUCUGGCCUCUUCUGUUGCCCUACCUGGUUUAUAUCACUCUGUUCUCGACUGCGCACACGUCCGGAAAGCUCAAGGGCCGAAGUUCCCUGUUGCGUUCGCUUCCCGUGUGGUCUCUCUAUGCAUCCUAUUUUCCCGCCCGCCUCCACCGCGAGGAAUCACUUCCUCCAACCAAAAAGUAUAUAUUUGGCUACCACCCGCAUGGCAUCAUUUCACAUGGCGCAUUCGCCGCAUUCGGAACCGAAGCACUGGGGUUUUCGAGGCUUUUCCCGGGCAUUACCAAUACACUUUUGACGCUGGAUUCGAACUUUCGAAUUCCCUUUUAUCGAGAGUAUGCGCUUGCCAUGGGACUUGCGAGCGUGUCCCGGGAAUCAUGCGAGAAUCUUUUGACCAAGGGCGGUGCGAAUGGUGAGGGAAUGGGCCGCGCAAUUACCAUCGUCGUUGGCGGGGCCCGUGAAUCUCUCAACGCGCAGCCGCAUUCUUUACGACUGGUCCUGAAGCGGCGCAAAGGAUUCGUCAAGCUUGCAAUUCGAACCGGCGCUGACCUCGUGCCGGUCUUGGCGUUUGGGGAAAAUGACAUCUACGAACAAGUGCAUUCAGAUGAACAUCCGAUUAUCCAUAAGAUCCAAAUGCUGGUCAAGCAAACGAUGGGAUUCACCAUCCCUUUGUUCCACGCGCGGGGAGUUUUCAACUAUGAUGUCGGGCUAAUGCCCUACCGCCGUCCAUUGAAUAUCGUAGUCGGACGGCCUAUCCCGGUGAUGCAGCAGCAGAACCGUGACAAAAUCGAUGACAGCUACAUCGAUGAGCUUCACUCAAGAUAUGUUCAGGAGCUACAGCGACUAUGGGAUCAGUGGAAGGACGUCUAUGCCACGGACAGAGCGGGCGAACUUGAGAUCAUCUCAUGA